AGCCGUCCAGGGAAAACAACGCUCCCAUCCUGCCCGUGUGCCUCUGAGCAGACGGCCAUCCUCUUCUCCUGGGUCUGGUUCCUUUUUUGAAGGGGCUGUUUCCGAGCCCCCACCCCCUCCUGAUAAAAGCCCCUGCUGGCCCAUGUGCUUCUGUUUGGGCUCGGACUUGCUGCUCUCUCUGCAAGGAUCUCUCUCUCUGACUGAGAUGGACGUGGAGAGGAAGGAUGUGGGGUUCCUGCGUUGAUUGAGCUCAGACCGAUCUGCCAAUCAAGCUGUGAGGUGGAACGCAGCCGAUUAAAGGUACCCAUCGAGACACUCAAGUUCUUCAAGACCAGGACCCCCCAAACCUGACCCCGCCCAUGCCCAAGGCCACGCCAACAGGACCGGGCUGUCACGAGGGGAUGUAGAGAGGCAGGAGGGGGCGUGGUCUCAAACAAAAAGGACAACGAAACCGAACACUAGAACACAGCAAACAAAAUGGCCGUCGCACUUCUCCACCCUCUCCACCUAGUCCUGUUGGCGUCCCUCCUGCACCUGCCCUGGCUGGCCCAAGGGAAGGCCUACUACGGCUCUAACCAGCCCCCGCCGCCUCUCCAGCAUCAGCCUAGCGAUGGCUACCUCCAGCCCCAGCAGCAGCAGCAGCACCUGGGCAAUGAGAUGCUGGCGAUGCCCUAUGGGGUGGAGAGCAUGGGGCUGCCCCAGUACGGCAAGGAGCUGGCUCCCCAGCUACCCCUGCUGCCCCUGGGGAAGGGGAAAGGAGAGACCUUCCCUCGAGGCGCUAAGGGCCCCCAGAUCUCAGGCCCCGUUGGCCUUGACCUCAGAGAGGGACCCCAGGGAGUCCAGGGGCCGCCAGGACCGCAAGGGCCACCCGGUAUGCCUGGCCAUGGGCAGCCCGGGCCCCUCGGAAAACCGGGGCCCCAGGGCCCUCAGGGCUACCCCGGAGUUGCCAAACCGGGUCUACCGGGAAUGCCGGGGAAACCCGGAAUUCCGGGAUUAGCUGGGCAGAAGGGGGACAUGGGCCCCCGAGGUGGGGAGGGGCCAAUCGGACUAGGGGGGCCCCCAGGGGCCCCGGGCCCGCCGGGACUACAGGGGAUUGGGAAGGCUGGUGGGCAGGGUCUAUCCGGAACGUCGGGCCCCCGGGGAGAGCCCGGGUUCAAGGGCGUCGCCGGGCUUCCGGGCCCCUUGGGCCCCAAAGGCGACAAGGGCCUCGGCGCUCCAGGACUCCCGGGACUGAAGGGCCCCAGCGGACCGCCAGGAACCAAAGGGGACAUCGGACUCCCGGGGAUCGGAAAACCAGGAUUCAACGGCCUUCCGGGCCAGCCAGGGUUGCCAGGGAAACCGGGGCCUCUCGGAGCGGCGGGAUACGCCGGCCCUCAGGGAUUACCGGGCGAACCGGGGCCCCAUGGAAUACCGGGAACGGGACAACCUGGAUUGGACGGCCUGCCAGGCCCGCAAGGGGCCCCUGGCGGGAAAGGGAUGCCAGGACCACCCGGAUUACCGGGGGGGCCCGGGCUACCAGGGUACGGGAAGCCAGGGUAUCCCGGCCCUCAGGGGCCCAAAGGCCACGGCGGGUUUUCCGGUUCUCAGGGGCCAAAAGGUGACAAAGGUGAUGGGGGUGUUGCCGGGGAUAACGGGCCCCCGGGAAUCACCGGUAACCCGGGGCAACCCGGUCCGAUGGGGCCCUCGGGGGGGCUGGGGUUCACAGGGCCGAAAGGGGACGAGGGCUCCAUGGGGACGAGAGGGGCCCCUGGCGGGAGAGGGGAGCUCGGCCCCGCCGGGCUCCCGGGACAGGGGGGUCCACCGGGACCAGGGGGCCAGUCCGGGCCCCGGGGUCUGCCAGGUCCUAGGGGCCCCAAGGGGGAGCAUGGUCACAACGGGGCCCCCGGCGUUCCCGGCAACGGGGGGUUCCCCGGUCCGAAGGGGGAGGGGGGCUCCAGCGGGGAGCGGGGGGUCCAGGGGCCAAAGGGGAUCCCGGGACUCACGGGGCCCGGGGGGUCGCUCGGGCCCCCGGGAAUACCGGGAUCUAAAGGGGAGAUCGGUCCAACCGGAAAACCCGGGGCCCCUGGCGAGGGCCAACCGGGGGUCCCGGGCACCCUCGGCCCCCAGGGGCCCACCGGUCCAAGCGGUUUGUCCGGUCGGCCGGGGCAACCGGGCCCCCGGGGCCCCCCUGGGGCCCCCGGCCCCUCCUCCCCAUACCCAGACCUCGGGCACGUCCUCCCCGCAACGGGCCCCUACAACCCGGACCACGGCUACCAGUCCUCCAAAAACGGCGGCGUCGACGCCCAAGGGGGCGGAGAUUACGAAAUCCCCGCCUUCACCGCAAAGCUCACCAACCCGUUCCCGCCCGUGGCAACGCCCAUCAUCUUCGACAAGCUCCUGCACAAUGGGAACCAGGACUACAAUCCCCAGACCGGUGUCUUCGCCUGUAGCGUUCCAGGGGUGUACUAUUUCGCGUACCACGUACACUGCAAAGGCGGGAACGUUUGGGUGGCUCUGAUGAAAAAUGGCGACCCCCUGAUGUAUACGUAUGACGAGUACAAGAAGGGGUUGGUGGACCAGUCGUCUGGGAGCGCGGUGGUGCCGUUGAAGCAGGGCGAUACGGUGCAUCUUCAGCUGCCGUCCGAUCAGGCUGCAGGUCUCUACGCUGGGCAGUAUGUUCAUUCAAGCUUUACGGGGUAUUUGUUGUAUCCAAUGUAGUAGGAGGCUUCUCACUCACACACUCACUCACUCACUCACUCACUCGCUCGCUCACACACUCGCUCGCUCGCUCACUCGCUCACUCACUCACUCACUCACUCACUCACUCACUCACUCACUCACUCACACAAUAGACAGUCACCCACUCACAUAACAGCCACUCACUCAAUCAAACAACAGUUCCAAAGACAGUAGUCACUCACAACAGACUCAAUCACUCACUUACCACGACAGAGACACUCACUCACUCACUCACUCACUCACUCACUCACUCACUCACUCACUCACUCACUCAC